AUGAAGGCGGUCACCCAUCACACUACCCCACUCAAGCAGUUUGUCUACUUCCAUCACACUGAGGCCCUUCCUGGCUCAUGGAGCGGUCUCGACAAUGCGAAGCUGACAGCUUCGGACUGUGCCCCGCGGAAUAGCCGUUACGACUCGCAGGCUGCUGUGUUCGGAUGGAAGUACCAAGAGGAGCUCGCCAACCAGAGAUGGUUCAUCGUCGGUUCCGGCGCUAUUGGAUGCGAGCUGCUGAAGAACCUUGCAAUGAUGGGUGUGGCUUGCGGUAGCGAUGGUUUGCUGAAGAUCACCGACAUGGACCAAAUCGAGAUCAGCAACCUCAAUCGACAGUUCCUGUUCAGGCGUCCGGAUGUUGGGCAAAAGAAGUCCGAAGUAGCUGCUCGUGCUGUCAAGCAAUUCAACCCUGAACUCAAAAUUGAGGCUAUGGCUGAGCGUGUUGGAGCCGACACUGAAGGAAUCUUCACCGACGAGUUCUUCAGCAAUCUAAAUGGUGUCCUGAACGCGCUGGACAAUGUGGACGCUCGCCGUUACAUGGAUCGUCGCUGUCUCUUCUACCGACUGCCGUUGCUUGAAUCUGGCACUCUGGGCACCAAGGGCAAUAUCCAAGUCGUCUACCCAUAUCUCACUGAAAGCUACUCGAGCUCGCAAGACCCUCCGGAGAAGGACAUCCCGAUUUGCACACUGAAGAACUUCCCCAACGAAAUUCAACAUACUAUCCAGUGGGCCCGGGACCAAUUUGAAACGCUCUUCUCCCAGCCGUCCGAGAAUGCCAACCGCUUUUUGGAGGACGGUAUCGAAUUCAUGAAGCACCUCGAAACGUUGGCCCACAACCAAAAGCUUGAGAUGUUGGAGGCUGUGGCGAAUGCGCUGGCCACGGACAAGCCUGAAUCUCCCGAGGAUUGUGUCGUCUGGGCGAGGACUCUCUUCCAGGCGAAUUUCCACGAUACCAUUGCUCAAAUGCUUCACAUGUUCCCUCCGAAUAUGAUGACCGAUCAGGGAGCUAAAUUCUGGAGUGGUACCAAGCGCUGCCCGCACGCACUGACCUUUGAUGUUUCACAGCCCGAGCACUUCCACUUCGUUUAUGCCGCGUCGAUCCUCCGCGCCGAGCAAUACAACAUGAAGCCGAUUUUGGACCAGGAAACGGUGGCCAAGAUUGCUUCCUCUGUGACUGUGAAGCCAUUCGUGGCCAAGCAAGGAGUCAAGAUCGCCGUCACGGAUGCCGAAGCCAAAGAGAUGAACGAGCGUGUUGAUGCUGAUAGUGAACAGGCGGAAGUUCAUCUCAAGACGAAGCUCGCCAAGAUUGACCCGGCUGCCAUGAAAAAGUUGCAGCCGAUCGACUUUGAGAAAGACGACGACACCAACCAUCACAUGGAGUUCAUCACCGCCUGCAGCAACUUGCGAGCUGCAAACUACGACAUCCAGCCAGCCGAUGUUCUCAAGACGAAGCAGAUUGCUGGUCGCAUCAUCCCAGCGUUGGCUACAACGACGGCUGCUGUGGCUGGCCUUGUAUGCAUCGAGUUGUUCAAGAUGAUCGACGUCGGCAAUAAGCUGCCUAGCACCCCACUUGAGAACUUCCGCAACGGCUUCAUCAACUUGGCUUUGCCGUUCUUCGGCUUUUCCGAUCCUAUCAAGGCGGAAGAGAAGAAAUACGGAAGCGUCUCCUGGACCCAAUGGGAUUGCCUAGAAGUGCCGGCGCCAAUGUCGUUGGAGCAGGUUAUCGAAUGGGUUAAGAACAAAACUGGCGUGGACAAUGUGACGAUGGUCUCUUCAGGCGUGUCGCUUAUCUAUUCCUUCUUUAUGAAUGCACAGAAUCGCACGAAGCGCAUGCCAAUGGAGCUCCGGGACGUUGUUGCCGAGGUUUCGAAGAAAGAAAUCCCUCCGUAUGCUCAUUCACUGGUGCUGGAGGUGAUGGGGGAAGACGGCGAUGGGGAAGAUGUGGACAUCCCUUAUCUCAAAUACGUCUUC